CACACUCAAAAACAACUACUGUCUUUUCCAUCCUCUCGACUUCGCAUCCCACUCCCAGUCUCGCCCCCCCGACCGGUCUCUCGCGGGUUACUGCCCAUGCGAGACUUUUGAAGUACCAGCACAUUCCCGCUUAUCAAUGGCCUCGGUUUCGCCACCCAAACCGUGGGAAAGAGCCGGCGCUACGGCUGGAUCUGUCGCAACCACUACACCCGCCACGGCUGGUCCAGCAACGAUGACGGCCUCUUCGCCAGCCUCGGCCGCAACCACCGGCGCCGCUUCAACCUCCACAUCUGCCACCCCUGAUCUCCCAUCUCGCCCCGACACUCUGAAUGCCGUCGUGAAUCGCACAGCAUCCAAUUACUCGCCAUAUGGAGCUUCUCGGCUAGGCACCAGUCCCUACGGAGGCUAUGGUGGCUACGGGGCCUACUCUUCACCAUACUCUCGCUUCGGGACGAUGGGGUCAAUGUAUGGCGGCUAUGGAGGCUACGGCGGGAUGUAUGGCGGCAUGGGAGGGAUGUAUGGCGGUGGCAUGCCUGGAGAUCCGAACGACCCGAACAGCCUGACCAACUCCUUCAGUCAAAGCACACAGGCGACUUUCCAAAUGAUCGAGAGCAUUGUCGGUGCGUUUGGUGGUUUCGCCCAGAUGCUGGAGAGCACCUACAUGGCGACCCACAGCUCGUUUUUCGCCAUGGUCUCCGUCGCGGAGCAGCUUGGCAACCUCCGCAACACCCUGGGUUCUGCUCUCGGCAUCUUCACCUUGAUCCGCUGGUUCAGAACCUUGAUCGCAAAGAUCACCGGUCGUCCGCCGCCGGCGGAUGCUACGGCUCUCACGCCGGCUGCAUUCGCGGCUUUUAUGAAUGGCCGUUCCGUUGCCGCGACCUUGCCCGAUGGCUCUCCCGCCCCGCCGAAGCCCUCGAAGAAGCCUUUCUUCAUGUUCCUGAUCGCCGUCUUCGGUCUUCCGUACCUGAUGGGCAAGCUCAUCAAGGCGCUCGCACGCUCACAGGAGGAACAGCGGCGUCAGAUGAUGCUCGGUCCGAAUGGCGAGCCCGCGCAGCAGGCACCGCUUGAUCCCUCCAAGCUCGACUUCUGCCGCGUGUUGUAUGACUACACUCCCGAGGCCCAGGAAAGUUCUGGGAUCGACCUGGCCGUCAAGAAGGGCGACAUUGUCGCUGUCCUCAGCAAGUCGGACCCCAUGGGUAACGCAUCGGAAUGGUGGCGGUGCCGUGCCCGGGACGGUCGUGUCGGAUACCUCCCUGGACCGUACCUGGAAACCAUUCAGCGCCGUCCCCAGCAGCAGGCCAUUACUUCGGGCAGUGAAACCACCAGCCGCAGCAACUCGUUACGAGCUCACGUGACCGAUGAAGUGGCGGACGCGACCGUCAAGCCCGAGUUGAAGGGCAAGAUGGGCGAUAUCUCGCCGGAGAGCUUCCAGAAGAGCGCAUUCUACUCCUAAUCUCGACGUUACCUUCUGCUCGGCAUUGUAAUCUUUUUCUUCAUUCACAGACAGCACGGACUGCGUGAUGCCGGCCCGGGGGCGCAACCCAGGUCGAUUGACUUGACUGAUUGACGACGUUUCCUCGGUGUCAUUGUACGGAAUUUCUUUUUUUUUCUAGCGUUCAGCAUGGUUCAUGGUUCAGAUGUACUUCUUGCUAGUUGUUUUAGCGAAACGGAAGAGACGCACCGCACUUGGUUUGUGCUCUUUUCGUUCUCACCAUUGAUUUCCUUGGGUGUUCAGAUCGGUGUACAGGGGAGUAAAAUUGUGUCUAUCUUGCGAGAAGAUUCAAACAUUUCUAUCGUGUUGGAUGAAAGCGAUGAUUAGACCUG